AUGCGCGCCUCAUCGCUUCUGGCUCUCGGAGCUGCCACCCUGCUGCCCUUUGCGACUGCACAGUUGAGCGACGACGGAGGCGACGAAGGAGGCGCCCUUGGUGCUACUAUAUGCAAAGCCGCUACUGUCGCUGUAUGGAACUUGCCUGUUCCUGGCGAUUGUACCAGAUUCGUCAAAUGUGAAGUGCGAAAAGACGGAACUUUCACUGGAUUGUCCACAUUCUAUACAUGCGAUCGAGGCCUGCACUUCAACGCCGCCACCCAGACCUGCGAUUGGCCGGACCUCGCUGGAUGCAAGAUAAGAUUCGAGUACAUAAAUGGCAAAUGA